AUGGAUCUUAUGCAUAGGGUACUGGGUGAGUAUCUAGACCAAUUCUUGAUCGUGUUUAUAGAUGAUAUACUCGUAUACUCACGAAACCAAGAAGAACGCACUCAACAUCUGGAACUAAUCUUACAGCAAUUGCGUGAGAAAAAGUUGUAUGCCAAAUUCUCCAGGUUCAAAUUCUGGUUGACUUAUGUGAGUUUUCUAGGACACGUGGUGUCAGGAGACAGGCUUGCAGUCGAUCUGGAAAAAAUUGAGGCGAUGAAACAAUGCAAAGCCCCAAAGAACACACAAGAGGUCUACAAUUUCUUAGGUUUGACAGGAUAUUACAGGCGCUUUGUGGAGGGUUUCUUCAAAAUAGCUAAACCUAUGACUGCACUGACCCAGAAGAACAUCAAGUUUGAGUGGAUAGACAAGUGUAAACAGAGUUUUCAACAAUUAAAAAUCGAAUUAACAACUGCUCCUAUGCUCACUAUCCCAAAAGGCACAGAGGUUUAUGCCAUUUACAGUGAUGCAUCAGGUCAAUGA